AGGGGGCGUACGUUCUGCAAAUGAUACAUGACGGACCUGAAUACAGCAGACGAAGAAGAAGAGCGUCACGUACAGGAAGCGUUGGUCCCUCGGCUCAGUUGUCUGGGAAACCUCCAUGAGGACCAGAAGAGACUCACCGAGAGGAUUUAACAAACAGAACUUUGAUCCUGUCUUUAGCUAACAUGACACAACAAGCUGCAGCUCUGCAGACCUACAACAAUGAACUGGUCAAGUGUAUCGAGGACAUGUCCUCCAAGAGGGACGAGUUGAACCGUCAGAUCAAGCAGGAGGAAGAGGAGAAGGAGCGGCUGCGGCACGACAUCCACAUCCUGUCAGAGAAGCUGAACAGAGUGGAGCAGAGCCUGUCACACAGACUCACUGCGCGGGCGACUUUAGACCGCACCAUCGCAGAGACCGAGGCUGCUUACACCAAGAUCCUGGAGAGUUCUCAGAGUCUUCUGAGUGUCCUGAAGCGAGAGGCAGAAAACCUCAGCAAAGCCACAGAGCCUCGGAGGAAGGAGCCUUAAUGUCGAUGAAAGUUUCUGAACUCUUUAUUCUGCCGUCAAUGAACUUUCUGCCUCUUGCUGGACUAUUUGUAAUAUAUGUAUUGGAUUUAUUUGAAGCUCCUUAUUAAAUAAAAGUGUUUCUUAUCACUC